AUGUCUAAUGCUAAUGGUACCCCCUCCCCUGUGGUUGGGGAGGGCUCUCUAUCUCUCUCUACUUCCCUACAUCUGGAUUCUGUAUUACUUGUUUCAUCUUUAGACCAUAACUUGUUAUCUGUUGCACAACUUACUACUACUUUGGGGUGUACUGUAACAUUUUGGCCGAAUCAUUGUGUUUUCCAUGACAUCCUCACAGGAACGACGAUAACUCUAUUACUUGGACUGGCACCGGAUAGUGAGGUAAAGGGUGGUCAAGCUUUCACAACCAGUGGAACGCGUCUUGAGGGGGAGAGAGACAAAAUUUGGUUAUGGCAUAAACGUCUUGGGCAUGCCUCUUUCAGUUAUCUUGAGAAGUAG